UAAUCUAUUAAUUGAGGACUUGGAUUUAUAUGACUCAGUUAUUUUUUUAAAAUAAACUAUAAAAAAAAUUGGCAAAGACGCAAAUUACUAGGAGUAGGAACUUUUGAUUUUGUGAUGAUAACCAUAAAAAUUUGACUUGGUUUUGGUUGUAAUUUUUGGGUUUGUAAAUAGCACAAGAAGAAAAUUUAUACAAGAAAAAUGGAUUUGUUAGGAUCUAUAAUGAAUUCAAUGGAUAAACCUCCUACACCAACAGAAAAAGAAAAGUUGUUGAUAAAAAAAAGAAAACAAGAAAUAGAAAAGCGUCAGAACGAGGAGAAAGAAAAACUAAAACGGUUCAAGGAAAGAGUGGAGGCCAAACUUAAGUCGCAUUUCAAGGACCCAAAAAAUGUGAUGUUAAAAUUCGAACCCAUGGAUCAAAUUUGCAGGAGUAUUGUACACGAAGCAGCGGAAUCGAAUGGAUUACUUUCAUAUGCGUUUGGUUGUGACGGUGUGGAUAGGUACGUAAGAGUAUACAAUAAAAGUAACCCUCCCUGCGAAGAUGAACUGGCUGCAAGAAGGAGAGGUGAACCGUGGAACGAACAAGUAAAGCAGCAGUUACUCGAGAAGAGGCAACAGGAAAAGCAAGAACAGGUGGAAACCGGUCGGAAGAAAAAUAAAAAAUUUACUCCGAACUCGAACUACAAGGAUAAAUAUGCACAUUUAAUAGGACAAGAUGCAGCGUUGGACGCGGCUAAAAAGACAGAGACCAAUAAAUCGUACGGGUUUGUUCCUAGCGAGAACAAGAAGGACAUACGAUCGAUCGAGCAAACCAUGGCGGAUAUCAGGGCCAAGAAAAGGCAGAAGCUGAGUAACGACAGUAACGUUCCUACAAUCUGACAAUAUUUAUUUAACUAGCGACUCUAUUGGAUAUUGUAACGUGUGUUAAGUAUUAUGUAUAUAUAUUUAUUAGGUUAACAAUAAUUUUAAAUUUACUGAGCCCGCGAAUUCUUUGUUUUGAAGGAUUUGGUAACUGUUAAAAUAAACUAUAUUUGAAUGAA